AGGAUAUGUGUGUUUUGCGCGAUCAGGAUGUGGCAAGGCACGGAGGCAGGGUCUGUUUUCUUCUGGCUUGGCCGAGCGGCGCUGUGAAGGAGCGACAGUACGCCGCGAUUUUUAAUGGUACGUAACAGCGUCUGACGCUCUUGUGUGCAGCCGCAAAGUAGUAAGACGGGGCUUGCAGCCAGUCAGCUGCCUGAAGAAGAGAGCACGGCACACGCAAGACCUUGGCUCCUGGGAAAGUAAGAAAGACUGACGAGAGGUACGGUUCAUAGGAAGUUUAUCUCCUAAACUCGCAACUAUGGGAAUGUUCAUGUUGAUUUAAUAGAAAAAAGUGGAAUGACGUAGACUGCAAACUGAAGGAGAAAGCGUACCUCUGGAUGUUUUUAAUGUUGCCAUACACACAUUCAGUUUAUUUUUAGCAACUUUUCAGUAGAGUUCUAAGGCUAUGAAUUCAGACGGGAAACCCUCAAAACAGGAGACAGACUCAAGAGUAAACGCAAAGGAUGGUGUCGACCCGAAAGGCAAAAGCAUAUCCGCACCCCAUCCAGAGGAACCGAUCGCUAGUGACGGAGAGGAGCAACCAAGUCGAGCGGCGGAGGUGACUGCUGCGUUGGUUCAGUUUGCCAAAACCUUCGUGAUCAUCUUUCCCGUCUACGCUUUGGGCUACUUUGGGUUGAGUUUCAGUUGGGUGCUCAUCGGACUGGUGCUGUUUUUCUGGUGGAGAAGGAACCGGGGCAACAAGAGCUUUCGGCUGUACCGGGCCCUUGCGUUUUUGGAUCAAGAAGAGCGAAGCGUGCGUCAGGCUGUGUGCCUUGCAGACCUCCCAGCUUGGAUUCAUUUUCCUGAUGUUGAAAGAGCAGAAUGGUUAAACAAGACUGUAAGGCACAUGUGGCCUUAUAUCUGUCAGUUUAUCGACAAGCUCUUCCGUGAGACCAUUGAACCUGCUGUGAAAGGAGCACACCAACACUUGAAUACCUUCAGCUUCACGAAGAUUGACAUGGGUAACCAGCCACUCAGAAUAGAUGGCGUGAAAGUAUACACUGAAAAUGUGGACAAAAGGCAGAUCAUUCUGGACCUCCAAAUCAGCUAUGUAGCCAAUUGUGAAAUAGACAUUGAAGUAAAGAGAUACUUUUGCAGAGCUGGCGUUAAGAGUGUACAGCUCCAUGGUACCAUGCGUGUCAUCCUGGAACCUCUGAUUGGAAAUGUCCCCUUGGUUGGAGCAUUGACCAUUUCUUUCCUAAGAAAACCUUUGCUGGACAUAAACUGGACAGGCCUUACAAAUAUUUUGGACAUUCCAGGACUUAAUGGCCUGUCUGACGGCAUGAUCUUAGAUAUCAUUUGUAACUAUUUGGUCCUUCCCAAUCGUAUAACUGUACCUCUGGUGGAUGACCUUCAGCUCUCACAGCUUCGCUUCCCUAUGCCCAAGGGAGUUCUCCGAAUACAUUUCACAGAAGCACAAGAUCUGAUUGGCAAAGAUUCAUUUAUGAAAGGGAUAAUCAAAGGGAAAUCAGACCCAUAUGGAGUCAUACAGCUUGGCAACCAGAUGUUUCAGAGUAAAACCAUUAAGGAAAACCUGAAUCCCAAGUGGGGAGAAGUAUAUGAGGCUUUGAUUUAUGAAAACCCAGGGCAGCAGCUGGAAAUUGAACUGUUUGAUGAAGACCCAGAUAAGGAUGAUUUUCUUGGAAGCUUAAUUAUUGAUUUGGAUGAAGUUUAUAAAGAGCAAAAAGUUGAUGAGUGGUUCCCUCUGGAGGAAGUGGCCUCAGGAAAAUUGCACUUGAAGCUAGAGUGGCUGACACUACUGCCAACUCCUGAAAAACUUGAUCAGGUCCUGGCAGGAAUUCGAGCAGAUAAAGGCCAGGCCAAUGACGGCCUUUCAUCUGCACUGCUUGUGGUCUACCUUGAUUCUGCCAGACAGCUCCCGAGCAUCUUCGAAGGAAACUUUGGGUGUGGAUACUUAAAAGAACGGAGAGCUUCGGGCCUAGUCUUUUGUGAAAAUACUUCCUCUCUCUAUAGAGCAUUAUAUUCAGGGAAGAAAACAAACAGUGACCCUAAUCCGUUUGUUCAAUUGACUGUUGGUUACAUUACAAAGGACAGCAAGGUUCGGUUUAAGACAAAUGAGCCAGUUUGGGAGGAAGCUUUUACUUUUCUCAUCCACAAUCCAAAGAGACAGGAUCUCGACAUUGAGGUAAAAGAUGAUAAACACCAGUGCUCUCUAGGGAACGUGAAACUUCCUCUGAGUAAAUUGCUAGCAGCAGAAGAGAUGACUCUGAACCAGCGUUUCCAGCUGCAAAACUCAGGUCCAAGCAGCACUCUCAAGAUGAAAAUUGCACUAAGGAUUCUUUGUCUUGAGAAGCUGCAGAAGUCUGAUCACCCCUCAUCCGUUCAGGUGAAGAAGCCUGUCAGCUACAGCAAGGAUGUCAAAAAACCCCAGGAUGUCAAAAAACCCCAGCCUCAGAAAUCUCCGCUGCCUACCCAAGUAGCUGAAAGCUCCACUCAGCCGGUCCCACAAAUAUCUUUGACUGCAGACUCAAAUGCAAAACCUGAAAAGACAGUUCUGGAUCAAAAACCCAGUGCCUCCCCUGUAACACCUCAGAAGCUGACAGAUGUCAACAGAAGUUCCUCAAACCUGACCACCUCUAGCUUUGCUGGCUCCCCCACCCAUCUGUUGGCAAAGGAGCCUACUCCUAGCAUUGCAUCCGACGUCUCCCUUCCUUUUGCUACUCAGGAACUUCGUCACAGGAUGCGACAACUACAGAAUGGAGCAGCUUCCAGCCAGUUUCCUCUGGGCCAAAUCCAGCUGACCAUUCGACAUAGUUCCCAAAGAAAUAAGCUCAUUGUGGUGGUACAUGCUUGUCGCAAUCUAAUAGCAUUUAAUGAAGACGGUUCAGACCCCUACGUACGAAUGUAUUUAUUACCCGACAAAAGGAGAUCUGGAAGAAGGAAAACGCAAGUAGUGAAGAGGACACAGAAUCCAGUUUAUGAUGAAACUUUUGAAUUUAGUGUUCCUUUGAGUGACAUACAACGGAGAACUCUGGAUGUUGCUGUCAAAAAUAGUGGAGGAUUCCUGUCCAAAGACAAAGGGCUCCUUGGAAAGGUACUUGUGAGUUUGUCUUCUGAAGAUGUAAGCAAAGGCUGGACUCUGUGGUAUGACAUGACAGAAGAUGGUUCACAGCAAAAUGCACACGCCUAGCCCUCACGUGAAAAGCAUAAAUAGCACCUUUUUACCUGCUUUUAUCAUGAACUCUAUAAUAAUUCACCUGACACAUUACCAGCAUUGUUUUUAUAGCUUUAUAUUUAAGCCAAUGUCCACAUCAUAUAGGUGUUUGUUUUAUUUUUUUUUUUAAGAUGUCCACAAUACAUUUGUAAAUGUAUUUUAAUGCCAGUUUUACUUU